AUGUUUAUAUAUUUAUGGUCUGUUUUUUUUUCGUUUGUUUUUGCUGUUUUACAAAAUAAACAAGAAGAUUCAAAAAAAACAUUACCAGUUGUUUUAUGGCAUGGUUUAGGAGAUAGUUAUAACUCUGCAGAAAUUAUGGAAUUAUCUGAAAUUUUAUCUGAAACAUUAAAUGUUUAUGUACAUUCUAUAUAUCUUGAUAAAAAUCCAUUAAGUGAUAGAAAUAAUGGGUUUUUUGGUAAUGUUAAUGAACAGAUUAAAUUGGUAGCGGAGCAGUUAUCAAAUGAUCCUAAAUUAGCAGAUGGAUUUAAUGCAAUUGGCUUUAGUCAAGGAGGAUUAUUUUUGAGAGCGUAUAUUCAACGGUAUAAUACGCCACCUGUUUUUAAUUUGAUUACAUUUGGCGCACCACAUUAUGGAAUAUCGAGUUUUUAUUGUCCCUCUAAUGUUUAUGUUUGUAAAAUACUGGAUUAUUUUAUAAAACAUAGCUUAUUGUCUUAUUGGGUCAAAGAAAAUGUUAUUGUUGCACAAUAUUAUAGAGACACUAGUGAUAUGAACGGAUACCUUGAAUAUAAUCCUUUUUUACCUGAUAUUAAUAAUGAAAAGGAAAUUAAAAAUGCUACAUAUGCUAAAAAUCUUGGCUUAUUGGAUAGCUUUGUUAUGGUUCAAUUUGAAAAUGAUCAUGUGAUUAUACCUAAAGGAAGUUCUCAUUUUAAUGAUUAUGACAAAAUUGAGGAGAAAAUUAUUUAUCUAAGAGAGACUGCAUUGUAUAAGGAAGAUUGGCUAGGUCUUAAAUAUCUUGAUGAUAAGAAAGCACUUGUAGAGAUGACGAUUCCUGGAGAACAUAUGGAAAUAGGUUAUGAAACUUUUAUUCACAUUGUUAAAAAAUAUUUUGUAAAUUCUACGAGAUCUGAACACAUAGUUCAAUGGCAGACAAAAGAUAAUUUCUAAGGAAAAUAGAACUUUAAAAUA